AUGUAUUUACGGAUAUGGCCAAGACCUCUAAUUCUUAUCAGCCGCUCGUGGAAGCUAGCCACAUCGCGAUUGAGUCAAUGCAACAAAGGCAAUCUAAUCCACAUGGCAUCGCCGCGAGUAGCACAGGUAAACCCGAAAGCUGAUAAUGACACUUUCCAAUCCAGAAAUACAUUUCAUCGUAGCAGCGAAGAAUUUGACAAUCUCGACGCCGCUAAUGUCUUCUCAAGCCCCACAAGAAACUCAACCGCCGAUUUCGAAUCCUCUGAUACAUUAUCACUUCUACGGAUUCUAGGCAAUAUUGACCCUACUAAGUCAUCGCAAGAGAAAAACUUCACCGAUUUUAAUGAACUUCUCGCAAAUAUAUUAGAGGUUGCUUCACCUACUGUCGAAGAGACGGCUGCUGAACCUAGAGAAAACAAUGUCGGAUCUCAUUUUGAUUCAGAGAUAUCCGUCAACUCAGCUACUUCAAGAGGAGAAUCCUUUGUGUCGCCUACGUACUUGGACUCCCCAAGUGCCAAUUCCUAUGUAUCCCCUAGAUGUCCAGAACUUUCAGUGGCCGAAGAGAUUUCUAGACUGAGACCGCGCAAGAAACCGUUCAGGUCUACUCUACCAGAAAAGAAACAUCAAAGUCCAAGCGAUGAAUUAUCAAAACCAAAAGCUCAAGCCCGAAGGCUAAUUCCAAACCGUAGAACGAAGAGGAAAAGAGUGUCUACUACUGAGGAAGAUAUCGAUUAUGUUGCGCGAGAAAAUGACAUUUGGGGACCACAGGAAGCUGAACAAACUCCCAAAGAUGACACUUUUGAUAAAGAUGCUAAUGACAACUCUUUGAACAUUUUUAGCCCAGAAAUCCUCUCGGAAGCUAAGCUGGCGGGUCUCCAUUCAGCAGCUGCUCUGUUUAGACGCCCAUCAGCAGCUUCUAAAAAGUAUACUCGUGCUCCGAUGUCGAAGCUAUUUAUCUCUUUGGAUUUGACUGCUGAGUUAUUCCUCAAACUACAGGGAGCUGCCAAAUCAUACAUGUUAGAUGAUUCUUUUCCUGAACGACGCGAAGCUGUUGGUAAUAAGUGCCGGACUUCUGGCGACCUAAGUAAGUUGAAGCUAUACUCAUGUGCUAAGAACUUUCUCGAAGAUGAAGGUUGGGGCGAACAUUGUUUUGGAAGAAAAGCAGAACGUGCUGAUGUGAGAAAACUCAAAUGGCCGGAGUCGAAAAAUAAAAUCAUAGAACUCAUCAUUCCCUUGCUGCGGCGGAUGGUUACUAAUGAACGACAACGUCAAUAUGCAAAUGAAACACGAAUGGAAAAGCGGUUGAGAGAUGUCAAAAAGCGGAAGCGGCCAUUCGACUGCGUUUCUCAAUCGAACCAGGAACCUUCCAUAACAGAUGACCAGUCUCUGCUUAAGGGGUCACAGAAAAUUAGAAACCCUAAUUCUUUAUCUAUCCAUGUCGACUCUAAAUUAAUACCCCAGUUAACUCCCAAAUUGAUUACAACUAAUGAACAGGCAACAAAUCAGACAAAUACCCUGAUCAACUCUAAUACGUCUCGAGCAGAAACACGCAUACAGGGGGGCGAUGCCAUGAAAGAACAAUCCUUUGUAUCUAUAAAAAUUAUGCCAAAGUUUUAUGUCAACAUUCUUCGAGACGAUCAAUGUGUUAAGAGGAGAUUUAUCUUGACAUCAUCUCAGUGCCCUCACUUCUCAAGUCUUGUUCACCAUGUUACCCAAGGACUUAUCCAUUUUCGAGAAAAGGUCGGUUGCAUAAAGGUGCACGGACCCGAUGGCUUGAUCAGUGUCUAUGAUGAAGAAAGCUGGGUCAAAGCGAUUGCCUUAGUUACUAAGUACGAGUGGAUGAAUAAGGAGGUACGAUGCCUCAUUUCUCUAGAGGAACCAAUGUAA